GGAGCAGCCGAGUAGGAGGAGAACUAGAGUCCAGGCAGCAGCAGCAGCAGCGUCUUCAGUACAAUCAGCGGCGGCAGUUUUGGAGAUCCCGAACGGGGAAAACUGCGUCCAAUAAUCCGGGAGAACUCAGCACGGUGGAUCCGCGAUGAGCUGGGGCACGGAGCUGUGGGACCAGUUUGAUAACCUGGACAAACACACUCAGUGGGGGAUUGACUUUCUUGAGCGCUACGCAAAGUUUGUGAAGGAGCGACUGGAGGUAGAGCAGAACUACGCCAAGCAGCUCAGGAACUUGGUGAAGAAAUACUGUCCAAAGCGCGGCAAAGAUGAAGAGCCGAGGUUCACAUCUUGUCUCUCGUUCUACUCCAUCCUGAAUGAACUGAAUGACUAUGCUGGGCAGAGGGAGGUGGUGGCGGAGGAGAUGGGUCACAGGGUUUAUGGAGAGCUGAUGAGGUACAGCCAAGACCUCAAAGCUGAACGGAAACAUCAUCUCCAGGAGGGCAGGAAGGCUCAGCAGCAUUUGGAUCACUGCUGGAAACAGAUGGACAAUAGUAAAAAGAAGUUUGAGCGAGAAUGUAAGGAAGCGGAGAAAUCCCAUUUGACCUAUGAACGGCUGGAUAAUGACAUCAACGCCACCAAAUCAGAAGUGGAGAAGGCCAAAGCUCAGUACUACCUACGGACCCAUACGGCUGAUGAGAGCAAGAACGAGUACGCUGCCCAGUUACAGAGCUUCAAUGGAGAGCAAUGGAAACAUUUCAACAAUGCAAUACCACACAUAUUCAAGAAUUUGCAAGAGAUGGAUGAACGUCGGACUGUGAAGCUCAGUGAAACGUACAGGUGUUUUGCUGAGGCGGAGCGGAAAGUCAUACCCAUUGUUUCCAAAUGCCUAGAAGGAAUGAUUUCUGCUGCAAAGGCAGUCGAUGAACGAAGGGAUUCAGCCAUUGUGGUGGAGUCAUUUAAGUCUGGCUUUGAACCACCAGGUGACUUCCCCUUUGAGGACUUCAGUCAGAACCUGAACAGAAGCGGUUCUGAUGGGACCAUCAGCAAUACACCCAAAGGCGACAGAGAUGGAGGCCCGGGGCCACGACCGGACCCAAAACACACCAUGAGUAAAGCCAAGAACAAACUCUGGCUGUUUGGGAAGAAACCAAAGCCCCCAGCCUCAGCUCCUCCUCCUCCGCCUCCUUCUUCCUUCUCACGCCCCACCCGACCCACAUCCGGACUCUUCCCUCCACCCCGCUUUCCCUCAGACCUAGUGAACUACUGUCUGUCUGAGAUAAAGACUACAGUACCCAGAAUUUCCCCUCUGAGGGGUGUGACGCGAGGGGCCCCGUCACUGGAGGAUUUCAGCCACUUACCCCCCGAGCAGAGGAGGAAGAGGCUGCAGCACAGGAUCGAUGAGCUCAGCAAGGAGCUCCAGAAAGAGGUGGAUCAGAGGGACGCUCUGAACAAGAUGAAGGAUGUUUACGAGAAGAACCCCCAGAUGGGUGACCCCAGCAGCCUGCAGCCCAAAAUAUCAGAGACCAUAUGCAACAUGGAGAAGCUACGCUCAGAAAUUCACAAAAACGAGGCGUGGCUGUCUGAGGUGGAGGGAAAGCAGAACUCCAGAGGAGAUAGAAGACACAGCGCCGACAACAACCAUCCUGCCCCUCAAGGCAGAGAGAGUCCUGAGGGCAGUUACACAGACGACACCAGUCAGGAGCAUCACACGCCACAACGCCACCACAACCCAGACUCCCACGAGUUCGAUGAUGAAUUCGAUGAUGACGACCCGCUGCCUGUCAUCGGCCACUGUAAAGCACUCUAUGUCUUUGAUGGUCAAAGCGAAGGGACGCUGGUGAUGGCAGAAAAUGAGAUUCUGUACAUCAUCGAGGAGGAUAAAGGCGACGGCUGGACUAAAGUCAGGAAGCAGGGAGGGGAAGAGGGCUACGUUCCCACAUCCUACGUGGAAAUCACUCUGGAGAAAAACUGCAAAGGUGCCGUCACCUACAUCUGAAGCUUGACCUCGACACGCCUUCUCCUCUUUAGCCACCUGUGCACUUAUUAUUUUAUAAUUGUUUGUCCUCAUCGCUGUCAAACGUUUUUAUUGCGUUUGAGGUGUGAAAGUUGUUUUUCACGGCUUCUUGUGGAACCCGGUGACAAAUUACCACCACGUCUCCUUGAUCAAAGUGUUUUUAUGUCAUAUCUUUAUUUUUGUUUUUGUUUUUUUAGCUGAACUGAAGAUAUUUAAGAGUUCUUUAUCAGAUUUUAAAGUUUGGAUUUAAUAUCUGUCGUAGUUUUGUUGGUCCUGUAUAAGGCUGUCACAUCAGGCAGCCGGUGGUCAUGCUUUUAAAAUGGACAUUAGAUGUUUCAUACUAGUAUAAAAGGCUCCCAACCAGAGGAAAACCGGAUUUAGCAGAUAAAGCGAUUUUGAUCAGUCGCCAGUGGAUAUUGUACAAUAAUGUGAACGUGUGACUUUGCACUCUGAGAACCUUAUGAUGAUGUUUUACUGCUAUUAGUCUUUGAACAUUUGCAGAUUAACUGUUUGAUUGUUUCUUUGGGGUCCAUUCACUUCCUGUUCACAACAGGUGGUGCUGCUAUCAUAUUUGUACUACACACGGUUCAAACUAUUUGAUCUUUUUUUGGAUUUGAGAAAAAUGUCUUGGCACAAAUUGUUUUGCAUGUCUGCAAAAGGGUUCGGUGAAAAUUCUGCUGCUCAUUACGUGAAUUGGCUAAAGCGUCGCUGCACACUGAUUGAUUCUUCUUUCCACUCAGUGAACAGUAAGUGAAUUGGCUCCGCCCCUUGACGGGCAAGCCCGAGCUCCACUCGUGACUGUUUGAGGCUGGUCAUUGUGGUAACUCGCUCUCUCUUCCAUGUGACUGCAGGUUCCUGAGGGCCGCUGGGUGGCCGGGCGCUUUGAUUGGCUGGUGGAGGGCUCACGCUGAUUAAUGGUGGUGGCGGGUAAAGAUAAAGAGGGGAGGGGUUAAGUCUGAGAGGCAGGUCUGCAUGUCUGCAUGCUCAUCCAUUUGUAAGCAGCAAACCAUUCUGGGUUCGUGCACGAAAACGCUAACACCAUUAACAGCUUAACCCUGUUGCUGCUAAUGCUAAAGCUUUGUUUGUUUGUUACACCGUAAAAACAAACGGCAGGCUGCAAAUUUAUGGAGAUCAAAGUUUACAUGAAUUGAUGAAGUGUUUAUUGUCGCAGGAUUCAUGUUAUAAAAUUUUUUGGAUCGCGACGUUGUCAUUCAGCCACAACGCGACUGCUGCGUUUGUGUCACUUCGGGAAUUGCGUCACUCUGGUUCUUUAUACAUUUGAAAUUGACAAAAUGUUUGUGACAUCAAAGCAACACUUUAACACACACGUCACAAUGAAGGAAUUCGACCGCACUCCUCCUGUCACGCCAUCGAGGCCCGUCGACAAACGAACAAGAAGAUGAUUUGCCGUUACAGGCGUGACGACUUAACGUCUUAACAGAUUAGAGGUGAAUUAAAGACGGGACGGAAUCUUCUUAACUCUCUCUGCUGGAUGAACAUCCAGAGACAUUAAACACCAUCUCAGUCAGUGAUGUCACAGACGCCAGCUGUGACAUCACUGAACCACCACUUCAGAAUCAGCCAACAUUUUCAUCCGCUCACAUUGUAACCUAACAGGAUCUCGGGACCUUUUUACACCAAAGUCCCUUCAGGCUCACAUGGUCGACUAAGUGUUUAUUUUAUUUUAUUUUUUGAUAGCGUCUGUCAGUCGUCGCUUUUGUCAGCUUUCUGAGCAUCCCGUAGGAACAAAGAACUAAAUUUCCACUUGAUACAUUUCGUAAUAUUUUCUGACAUUUAAACUUUUGAUAUUUUUCGAAAUCCUUGUUCCUUUGCAGAAUCAAAUCUGAAUCAUAUUUCCUUCUGCAAUUGAAAGCCUCAGCCUGACAUUAAAGGGGGGUCCAGUUGUUUUCUUUUAAAUCUUCUGUUUUUUUAGGUAAAUACGCUUGCAGUUUUAUGUUAAACCACAUUAAAGUCUAGUAAAUCUGUCUGUGCAGGUCAAGACUCCUACGGAACCCUUGAAAUAGCUUGUUUUUAUAAAUUGUGAAUUGUCACAGUUUAAUAAAUUGUGACUGUAAAUGUAUUUAAAUAUUGUCAAAUAUGACCGUUUUAACUCUGAAGGUACACAAAGUGUGAAGCAGCGUUGCAGCAGUGAACAGUGACAGUUUUAAUAAUUAUUACAAUAUGGUGCACGGCUGUACAGCUAACUCAACAGCAAUUGUAAUAAAUGCUAAGAAUGCCUCUUUCUGUGAAUGUGUGUUUGUUUGUAGAGUCUUAAUCAAAUAUAUUUUCCAAAGUAUAAGUCGGCGGACCUCCCAAAAUAGUAAAAAAAAAAAAAAAAAAAAAAAAUUAUACUUCAGAAAAAAGUAACCACUUUCCUAAUACCUGCUGCAAUAGUGGGUGCAAAUACACAGCAAACUCAAAUACUAUUGUAAUAAUUAUUCCAAUCUUGGUUGGGUUUUUAUGUAUUUGCAUCCAUGAUCAUAAUAAUCAUUUGCAAAGUGAUUUUCUGACUAAGAACCCGUCAAGAGUUGUAUUCACGGAAACAAGUGUUAGUUACAUUAGCAUUUAUUACAGUAGCGGGUGAGUUAGCGGUGAGUUUAUGCCCGGUAUUGUGAUAAUUAUUACAAUACCGCUAAAUUUAUCCACUGGUCUAACAAUUAUAAUUGUGACACUUAAGACAACAGUGGAUACAACUAAAUAAAGUGACAUUUAUCGUUUUUCCUUCAGGUGUUUGGUUUAGCUCCUGAUGGAGGAAAUCAGUCGCGAUUGGGUUUUUUUUGGGGAGGUGGGGUGGGGGGUUAUGUUUUUGCUGCUCUAACUCUUCAUCAUCAUCCUCUGCCAUUGUGGUGUUUUGUUGUUGGUGUCUUCCUGAGCUGCUCCUCACGCUCACCUUCACGUCACCCACAUACAGCUGCUUCUUCUUGACACAUUUUCAAACAGGGUCAUGUCCGUCACACUAACACGUUUGACUUUUUGUCGUUUCUUUAUGUGCAUUAAGUUUCAUUCAGAGCUGCUCUGUGGGACCAUUCCUUUGUUUCUUUUUUUGUUUGUAUUUUGUUUUGUUUUUGUUUUCCUGGUCCACCUCUUCAGCUGUCUCCCUCUCAUUUCCACUCCUCUACUGGGUUGUACACGCCACCAUUUGAACAGCAGGUGGCAGACUCCUCUCAGUAAGCCACAGCUGAGCUCAAGCAGGACUCAGCGACUUAUACGAACACCAAACAAAAAGAGGAUCUUCGGUGCAGCCGCAGUUGGACUCUGCCUUAGAAAAAAAGACUUUGUUUUUACUCUGGAGGGAGAAAUCUAUGCUAAUGUGCUAACACAUAUCUGGAUGUCUGACUACAUCUCCCAUCAGCCACCUGGGCUCAGCCCAGCCUCCAGCUGCAUUUUCACAAUUUUCUUCUAGCCCGGCCUGUUUGUAAAUGUGAGGACGUGUGUGUACAUCUCUGCGUCUAUGGUCAUUAACUCAUAAACAUCUCGGUAUGUGUUGUUAGUUUUUAAUCAAUGAAUGAUUUGUUUGUACAUAUAACUCUUGUUUAUGUUGAGUUGAAUGUGUUACUGUAGUGAUUGUGGUGUGUUUGAUUGACAGGCGGGGAGCUUUUUUAAGUGCAGCAACCGCCACUGGAGGAUUCAAGUCCCGCCCCCUCACCUAGCUAAUGUCUGUUUUGUUUUUGUUUAUUUAGCAUAUUGACACUAUCAGAACAAAUAAUUUUGUUGGUUUAAAAUGUUUUAAUUAUUCACAUCUCUUGUUUAUCUUACAGUGAAUAAAUAAUUGUCUUUUGAGAGGACAUUUUCAGUCCAGAUGCUAGCUAGCAAAGACGGCGGGACUUUGUAUCUCAUCAUGAAAACGGUUCGAAUUGAAUCGAUGCACUUUGCAGCAAUUGAAUGAGUGAAUGUUUUUUCUUAUUUUUUUAAAUAAUCACUGUGUAGCAAUGACAAACAAAAGCAGGCGAUUUUUCCUCUGCUUAAUAGUUUUAUAUACUUUUUUUAUAACUUCUAGCAAUGACAAACUUUGUUUUCUUAUUUUUUUAAUUUUUUUUUUUUGCAUGAUCAUUGAGUUAAUUUCCCCACUUCUUUUCUUUAUAGCCUCAGUCAUAGUUCAGUUGACGCACCACAGCUAAUAUUAGCUAACUGUGGAUCCACGUCAUCACCUGAACAAUUCUUUUUUUUUUUUUUUUUUAAUUUGUAAAGCUGUGAAAUGUACACAAUGACGCUGUAGACGACGUUACUUGAGUUUUAGCACUAUCGUCAUUUUCCACUUACGCUGAGUCAUCCCGCUGCUGAGUGGUUCAGGCGGGGGAUGCACAGUGGCACAAGUUAAGCUAUCUGCUUUAGCAAUUAACAGUUACUACAUUUUGCAUAACUGUCUUCAGAUCAGCUUUUUGUGGGUCUGUGUGGAUGUUUGUGGCGUCUUUUGACAGAUUUAUCAGGUAACUGGUUAUUAUUAUAUAAUAGUUAGUUUCCCUCACUGCAAACACAUUAAACCAGACAAAAACAAAAUUGUAUUAUUCUGUCUUCAAAGGCAUGAAACUGAGCAAAUACUUGCUUUGAUCCUGGUAACUUGCAUUAUAAUUACAUCAAACCACUUCCUCGGCACAGAAAACCAGCUAACUGUUUAUGAAUGGAAACAAAGGUGUUGCAGAAAUAAUAUA